AUGUACGAUUUUGGGUUGGCAAUGCUAAACAGUAAUUAUAAAGUAAUAAAUUGUAAGAAAGGGCCAAGGCCAACAAAUCAAAAGCGCAUUUACUUUAUUAUAUGGAAAUAUAAUUUAUAUUAUUUUAAGGCAGCAUUCUGGUACUGUGCAUUAUUUGGCUUUAAGCCACUUGCUUAUCGCGGCCUGGAAACUGGUAAUCGACUAAUCGCAUCGCAUGCAGUUCAACAAGGAAAGAUAAUUUUUGUAUUCGAAUCAGCUCUACUGCCAUGUUGCAAAAAAAUUGGUGCGCAUGUUGCUCACCAUGGCGAUGGUGUCAAAGAUAUUGCAUUUCAAGUAGAAAAUAUUGAGUGGAUUAUCGAAAAAGCUCGUUCGAAAGGUGCGAAAAUUUUAUCAGAAGUUAGUGAAGAAUCCGAUGAAUAUGGUUUUGUUAAAACUGCUUCGCUUCAAACGUAUGGUGACACUGUUCACACUUUAAUUGAGAGGAGAAAUUAUAACGGUGUUUUCCUUCCUGGAUUUCGAAAGCAUAACAUGAAGACCGAACUUUUUGACAAAUUACCACAGGUUGGACUUCAUUUCAUUGAUCAUUGUGUUGGUAACCAAGCUGAACACCAAAUGGAAAUUACGGUGAAAUGGUAUGAAAAUGUUCUAGGCUUUCAUAGAUUUUGGUCAGUGGAUGAUUCUAUCAUUCAUACGGAAUAUUCAGCACUUCGAUCUGUUGUAGUGACAAAUGCUCAAGAAACUAUUAAAAUGCCGAUAAAUGAGCCGGCAACUGGACGUAAAGCAAUUUCGCAAAUACAGGAAUUCGUUGAUUUUUAUGGCGGAGCUGGAGUGCAACAUAUCGCCUUAAACACAACUGAUAUUAUUCAAGCGAUAACUGCGUUAAAAGCUCGUGGUAUGGAAUUUCUGCAAAUACCAGAAGUUUAUUAUAAGACUUUACGCAAAAAAUUGCAAUCGGCAAAAGUCAAGGGUUUUGGCGCUGGAAAUUUCAAAGCUCUUUUCGAGUCGAUUGAAAUGGAGCAAAAUGAACGGGGAAAUUUGUUUUACACGAAUGUCGUUGACGGUGGUGAACGAAUUUGA